AUGGCGGUGCAAUGCGAUGACACGUUCGGGCCUGUGGUAGCCAGCAGCUGCCGCGGGGGAUUCGACUUCACCUUGCUUUUCGAGCAGACCGUUUUGGGCAUCCUUCCAGCUGCGAUAUUCGCCCUCUCUGCCGCUUCGAGACUCUUGUAUCUGGUCCUCCAUAGUACCGACGCCAAGACACAUGCUGGCUCUCUCCGCCUUCUCAAACUUGUAGGUUCUCUACCCUGGUCCUCGCUCCAAGUCUCAUGUCCAGCGCUGAAGAUCUGCCACUUCAAGGUCACUGCUACCAUACUUGCUGCUCUGCAAGUUGCCCUGCUCAUUCUCUGGUGUAAGGCGCCACCGUUGAAUCGCACAGCAGCUUCAUUACCGUCGGCCGCCUUGAAUCUCUUCGCCGCAGUAGAGCUGCUAGCCCUCACGUGGGUCGAAGAUGUAAAGUCGGUACGACCGUCCUCGCUACUAAACAUCUAUCUGGUUUCCACCGUAUUCUUUGACGCCGUCCAGGUCAGAACGCUGUAUUUACAGAGCCCCGCUAAUACCGCUCUUGCUGCUGUAUUCACCUUUACCAUUACCGUCAAGUUGGUGCUCCUGUUCUUAGAGGGACAGAGCAAGACUACGUCUCUCACGCCACCGUACCAAGGCCUCCCACCAGAGUCAACUAGCAGCAUUAUCAAUCGUAGUUUUCUCUGGUGGGUCAAUGACUUAUUCUACAGCGGACUUCGUUCAAUCCUGACCUUGGAUGACCUAUACGUGCUUGAUGGCAAGCUAGCGUCAGCUCCUCUGCAUGCUGCCAUUGCGCAGGCCUGGCAGCGCCGCACAAAACCGGAGCGUCGCUUCGAGUUCCCGUGGGCAGCAUGCCGUGCGUUAUGGCGCCCGCUACUUCUGGUCGUCUUCCCACGCCUUUGCAUGAUUGGAUUUACCUUUGCCCAGCCUUUCCUGAUUUCGACAGCAUUGGGGCUGCUGUCACAACCAUCGGACCAGCAGUCGACCAACAAUGGCUAUGGAAUUAUUGGCGCAACUGCCCUGGUAUACCUUGGACUGGCAGUUUCUACUCUGAACUAUAAUCAAAACCUUUAUCGAUUCGUUACCAUGUUUCGUGGAGCUACCGUCAACCUCAUAUACCAACAUGCACUAUCCAUUUCUUCCAAUGCGUACGACGAAUCUGGAGCGUUGACCUUGAUGAGUACGGAUAUAGAUAGGAUAAUCUUAUGUCUUAUCGACGUAAACGAAUGUUGGGCCCGCACCAUUGAGGUCAUUGUCGGGAUGACAUUGCUGGCCCUCCAGCUUGGAUGGAUCUCCAUUGUUCCUCUGGUGGUGGUCGUUGUCUCUUUCUUUGGUGCUACGAGGAUAUCUAGUACCAUUGGCGCGCGACAGAAAGUCUGGAUCGAUGCUGUACAGAAGCGCGUCAGCAUCACUGCCUCGGUAUUGGCCAGCAUGAAAGCCGUCAAGAUGAUGGGAUUGAGCAGAAUUCUCACGACUCUGAUUCAGGAUCAAAGGGUAGAGGAGACACACCGAAUGGCAAAUUUUCGGUGGAGCAUUGUCGCACAGAAUAUGGUGCAGAACCUGCCAUGGUUUGUUGCUCCUGCCUUGACCUUUGUUAUAUACGCUGCACAGGCACACGGGCAAGGAGAACCGUCCAUAAAUACGACCCAAGCUUUUACCGCUUUGUCAAUCAUUACGCUUCUCACGGCCCCCUCUGCUAAGCUCUUGAGCGCCGUUGUUUCGACAGCCGCCAGCGUAGGCUGCUUCGACAGGAUCCAAGAUUUCCUCCUUGCUGCUCCCAGGCAUGAUCAGCGACGCGCCACAACUUGGUCAAACACCCCGAUAUCCAUUCCGAAAACUGAAAAUUUCCAAGAUGGAGACAUUGAAAUGACUACCUUGAUGCAGGAUAGUCGCAACAGCGGGUCAGAUCCCACAGUCGCCAUUGCCGCCACAUGCUUAUCCGUCCGACCAACUUCUUCGGCAGAAGUAGUUUUGACCAACGCCCAUUUUAUCAUUCCCAGAAAAUCUGUCACUAUGAUCAUUGGACCGGUCGCCUCCGGUAAGACGACCCUGCUCAGGACAGUGCUUGGUGAACUCAAACCUGAGGAUGGAAGCUCCAUCAGCGUUGCGAGCCGUCGGAUAGCCUAUGCUUCCCAGACACCUUGGCUCCCCAAUACAUCCAUUCGAAAUGCCAUCGUUGGUCCGGAAGAGAUGCAAGCUAAAUUCGAUCAUAGCUGGUAUUCCAAGACCCUCUUUGCCUGUGCACUGGAUUGUGAUAUCGGCCUUCUGAAGGAUGGCGAUGAGACUUGUAUAGGUGACGCUGGUGCUGUCCUCAGUGGCGGCCAAAAACAGCGCGUGUCACUGGCACGUGCUGUCUAUUCUCGGGCCCCGAUCAUGCUUCUGGAUGAUGUGAUUGCUGCCUUGGAUGUGAACACCCAGGUUACUGUCAUGAGCCGCCUCUUUGGAGAAUCCGGGCUACUGCGGAGUUUCGAUAGUACCGUUCUAUUCGUAACACACUCUGCUCGGUUCCUUAGCUACGCGGACAAAGUUCUCAUUGUGUGCGACGGACGAAUUGAAGACGGUGGUUCAUACGGGAAUACCGUUAGCAAGGAAGUGGCACGUGUGCUCCCCUUGGCUGAUGACUCAGAUAUACAGCCCCAAAGCGAAUCGAAGACGCCGACUGCAAAUGAGGCGGCUGCUCUGGUGGCAAAAGCCAACCAGCAUGACGAUCUCUCUAGAGCAUCUGGUGAUCUCAAACUGUACAGUUAUUAUUUCAGAUCCAUUGGGUUACUUUCAACUUGCACACUGGUUGGUUUUGUUAUCAUGAACGUUUUCUGCAACAGCUUUGUAGAAAUCUGGCUUAACUGGUGGACCGAUGAUGACGGCGGCCAUAUCGCACUAUAUAUGAGCAUAUAUCUCGCCCUGGCAGUGAUGGCAGUUGUUGGAAUGGGAGGUUACGAAACUCAUAAGUGCGCAAGGGCCCCCCAAUCGUUUUUCUCGGCAACAGACACCGGCUCAAUAUUGAACCGCUUCAGCCAAGACAUGACCAUCAUAGAGGGCCAAUUACCCACCGGUGUUCUCAUUACAGUAUCAAACCUCUUCGAAUGCAUAUCUUGCGCGGCUCUAGUUGCCACUGGCUCCUCAUACAUGGCCAUCAGUGUGCCUCUACUCGCCGUUGCCGUUUGGGCUCUUCAGCACGUCUACCUUCGUACCUCUCGCCAGCUACGACUUUUGGAUCUCGAGGCUCGAAGCCCCCUAUUCACCCACUUCAUGGAAAGCUUGACGGGCUUGGUCACCAUUAGAGCGUUUGGCUGGGAACAAGCAUUUAUGGAGCAGAACUACAGAAAGCUCGAUUACUCCCAAAGGCCAUACUAUCUGCUAUAUUGUAUCCAAAUAUGGCUCAACCUUGUCUUGGAUCUUAUAGUCGGUGCGGAGGCCGUCCUGGUUGUUGGUCUUGCCAUCUGGUUACGAAGCUCCACCAGCGUGGGCCUGCUUGGUGUAUCCUUGAACAAUGUUUUAUGCAACUCAUCGCUGUCGUCGCUAGUGUCGGGAUGGACAAUGCUGGAAACCUCUCUCGGCUCGAUCGCACGAUUGCGAGACUUUGAGGCUACUGUCAAAGCAGAGGAUGAUGUUGAACAGACCCGUGGACUGCCCAUAAACUGGCCGGAACUUGGUAGGAUACAACUUCGAAAUGUCACGGCUCUCUAUCAUCCCGGUGUUCUAGGAAUCCAGGAUGUCAGUUUGGAAAUUGAGCCUGGCCAAAAGAUAGGAAUAUGUGGACGCACAGGAAGUGGUAAAAGUUCCUUCAUUUCAACUCUUGUGCGGCUCCUCGACAUCAAUAGUGGCGCCGUCCUGAUUGACAACGUCAAUCUCACCACUAUUUCCGGCGACACCAUUCGCGAGCGCUUAUUCGUCAUUCCCCAAGAGUCCUUGACUUUUCCGAGCACCCUCCGCCGCAACCUUGACCCCCAUAAUACCGCUACCGACGCGGCCUUGACUACCGCCCUUCUCCGCGUUGGUCUGCACGAUCUCCUUGCAGCUUCUCGUGGCCUCGACACGGAUAUCACCGCGUCGGCCUUAUCCGCAGGCCAACAACAGCUUCUGGCGCUCGCACGAUUGCUAGUAAAGAAGGACAUGGAAAUGAAAGUCAAGGAUCGGGGCGUUCUGUUGUUGGACGAGGCGACUAGUCAUGUAGAUCAGGCUGCCGAAGAGGUGCUACAGCGGGUUGUGAGGGAAGAGUUUGCCAAUUUCACCGUGAUAGCGGUAGCGCAUCGAUUGGACACAAUUUUAGAAUCUGAUGUCAUUGUUGUCAUGGAUGCUGGCAGGGUAGUGGAAGUUGGGCAGCCUAGGGAGUUGAUUGAGAAAGGCCAGUGGUUCGCGCGGCUUGUCAAGGCAUACACUGGCGCUACAAUAUCUUCCCACGAAUAA